AUGAAUAAUUCUGUUUUACCUCAGGUUUUAGUCAACGUGGUUGGUGCUCUUGGGGAACUGGCAAAGGCACCAACAAAUCGAGCUGCUAUUCGAAAGGCAAAUGGUAUGGCGCCACUAGUUGCCCUGUUGACCGGUACUAAUCAAGAGCUCUUGAUAAAUACUACACGAGCCAUUGGAAAGUGUGCUGAAGAGUCAGAAAAUAUGGCGUGA